AUGGUUUAUACAUAUGUAUAUAUAGAUAUUGAGGCUGAGCUCCAUGCAUUGCGGCUUGAACACUCUGCAGGUACAAAAACCGGAAGGAAACGCCACUUGAGUGCUUUGUUUAUCGGUCACGUCGUCAACAAUCGAAGGCCAAAUACUCUUCCUCAGCGGUCAGCCCUUCGGGUUUUAAACAUGAUUGUUUGUAGGUACAUGGCACACAUUAGGGACACUAAUGAAGAGGAAAGGGCUAAGGGUAUAACUAUCGAAGUCGGAAGAGCACAUUUCGAGACCGCGACAACUCGGUUUACUAUUUUGGAUGCACCAGGUCACAAGGGUUAUAUUCCGAAUACGAUCAACGGCGCUUCUCAAGCUCAUAUCGGAGAAAUCGAAACCGGUUACGAGAAGGGAGGGCAGACCGGUGAACAUGUCAUAUUGGCAAAGACCUUAGGUGUGGCGAAGCUACUUGUAGUAGUUUAUACGAUGGACGACUGCUCCGUCAACUGGUCUAAACAAAGCUACGACGAAAUUCAGUCAAAGAUGACACCUUUUCUAAGGUCUAAAGGCUACAACGUCAAGAAAGGUGUUCGAACCAUUGUCUUUUAG